GCCUGCGCGCCGGGGACGCCAAGGAGAUGCGAGCCGUGGUGCUGUCCGCCUCCGGGGGGCUCAACAAGCUCCGCGUGUCCAAGAAAGCCAUGCCGGAGCCGCAGGGGCGAGCUGAAGAUCCGCGUCAAAGCCUGUUUGGUUGAGGCAUUGUCGCUCAUCUGCGACCUCUUCCCUUCAAAAUGGCUUCUGGACUCCCGAAAACGACUCCAACACCUCGUCUUUUGCUCAGGGAAAGACUGCAAUCUAUUUCCCUGCUUCCGUCUAAGUUCCUGAUGGAGAAGUUUCUCAACAGGAAGAAGGCCAGCACUGGGGGGAAUAUUCUGCCCAGAAUUGGCCCAUCUCCAGUCAUGUGUGAACCGUGUCAAAAGCUGUCAUCAGUUGCCCCGAAACAGAGCUUGUUUCAGGCUUCCCCACCAGAGAUGGUGUUUCAGAACGUCGCCGCUCAUGAGGUCUCUGAGAUGGUAGUGUCUAUCAUUAACAAGGGCAAGUAUCCUCGGGUGAUGAAGGUCUCCAUGGCGAGCUCACCGUAUUUCCAGCUGGACUGCCCCAAUGAUGUGUACCGUAAGGUGCCAGCAGGCAUGUCCACCCAUGUGCGCGUCUGCUUCACUCCCAAGGAGAACAAGGAUUAUUCCCAUGAGCUCGUCUGCAUGAGUCAAAGGGAAAGGAUAGUUGUGCCAAUUCGGGCCAUUGGUGCCCGAGCCAUCCUGGACUUCCCUGACCAGCUGGACUUCUCGGAGUGUCCGGUCAAGUGCAGCACCCAGAAGACUCUGCUGGUUCGCAACGUCGGUAACCGGGCAGCUCGUUACCAGCUGAGCACCCAGAGUCCUUUCUCCGUGGUUCCAGCCACAGGAACUCUGGGCGCUGGUGACACCAUGCAGGUGACAGUGGGAUUUCACCCGCUGACGGCUGGUGACCAUUCUGGAUCCCUGGUAGUGGGCUGCACAGGUGAAGAAAGUAUUUGCACAAACCUGCAGGGAAAAGCUGAAGAUGUAAACAUUGAGUUGAACACAAAUUUCGUGAAGGUUGAGAAGACUUUUGUCAACAUGUCAAAACACACAACCAUGUUCAUCAAAAACAGCAGUAACAUCACAGCCCACUUCCAGUGGAAGGCUUUUCCUACUGAGGAACACGAGAAUGAAGAGAAGAGGAGGCAGUGUUCUUUGCUGCAGCCAUCGGCCAAGGUCUGGCUGGAAGCCUACAAAAAGGACAAGAAAAUGAAGAAGAAGGGGUUUUGUGAAAAUCGCGCCCUCCUCCUGUCCAACAAGCACAAGCAGGACAAGGCAAAGGUGCAAGCAGACCCCAUGCUGUUCUCCAAUGAUAUUUUUUUCAUUGAGCCAAUGGAGGGAGAGAUUGGGCCACAUUGUUUGGCCGAAAUCAAGGUGACCUUUAAACCCCUAGAAGCACGAGAGUAUCAAUGUGUGGCUUACUGCAACAUCUCAGGCCGUGAGAGCAGGCUGCCCCUGAGCCUCAGAGGGGAAGGCCAAGGACCCUUGGUUGAACUCUGCAGUGGUACCCUGAACCUUGGGAGCAUUUCUGUCAACACCUCCCACAUCUGUGAGGUGAAACUGAUUAACAAAGGACUCCUUGAUGCUCCCUUCACCUACAUCCCUUCAACCACACACGUGGGCUCCUGCUUCAAGUUUGCACCUGAGGAGGGCAUCAUUGCACCGGGUGAGAUCCAGACUAUUCAGAUCUCCUUCAAUGCCACUGUGGUGGGGUACUUUGAUGAACAAUUCCAAUUCAGUGUGGCUGGAUCUCCUACGCCUGUGAUCCUGACCAUCAAGGGGUGUGUCCAUAGACCGACUUUACACUUCGACGUCGAUGAGCUCGACUUCGGUGACAUCUCCUUUGGCUUUCCCUUCACCAAGACCUGUCGCCUGACUAACACCUCCCUGGUGCCAGUGACGUUCAAGCUCCGCGUGUCGGACGAUGGCACGCAGCCUGCUGUUAGCAGCUUUGAUCAAAUACGCAGCGACAGUGACCCGUCCUGGAGGAAGGGAAUUCAUUUCUCUGUGAAGCCAAGGGAGUUUACACUGAAUCCCAGCCAAGGGACCAUCCUCCCCCAGGGACACCAGGAUAUCGAGGUCACCCUGUGUCCUAACACUGUGACAGAAUUCUGCCGGAAAUUGCUGGUGGACCUGGAGGAGAUUGGCGAGGGAGUGGCAUCACUGGUCCUCCAGGCCAGAUGUUUUGUUCCUAAACUGCAAGUGUACCCCCCAAUCCUGUGCAUCGAUGACUGCUGCCUGAAGGUGCCAUUCGAGAGGAAGUUCUUCAUUAGGAAUAACACCCACCUUCCUGGCUGCUACGGCCUAAUUCCCCAGGAACGCAAGGAGGACUCUCCUGUGUUCUACUCCAGCCCCAAACCCUGUGGGAUUGUCCAGCCUCAGAGCACUGCAGAGAUUCCACUUGUAGUCGAAGUCCAAACAUUGGGCAGGCAUCGCACCAGAGUUCCUAUCGGCGUGUUCGGGGAUGAAAGAAACCCACUGGGAAUAGAACUACAGAGCUAUGGAAAGCUGUCAGAAAUCUACCCAAGUCCAAGGCUGAUAGAGUUUGGCAUGAUCCCAGUGCUACAGCCUAAUUCACAAAAUUUUAUCCUCUUCAACGAAGGUCUCGUCCCUAAAUACUUCAGGAUGAAGAUCGUUUGUAAACCCCACUGCUACGUUAUUGAACCCAGAGAAGGAGUGAUCCCUGCUGAUGGUGCAGUUCCUGUGACUAUCAGAGCAACCCUGGAUGACACUGGGGUUUUUGAUGAUGUUAUCCAGCUGUUCAUUGGGAACAGCCUUUGGAGCAUCCUCCUGCUCCAGGCUUUGGGCGUUGGCUCCACAAUUGUCAUAGACAAACCGUUCACCCCGGAGCUCAACUUGGGAUACCAGUUCAGCCUCCUUCCCUGCAUUCGUCGGUUCAGACUAACAAACGGGGGCCACCAUUUCCAUCGGCUCUUCUGGAAGGUGGAAUGUAACAGCCCAGCUGAGGAGGAGGGCCAGAGCACCUCGGCCCUCAGCAGCCCCGAGGCCCAAAAUGAUUCCCAGAGCCCCAAACACACCCUGCCCCGUGUUUGGGCUGGAGCCACCGUCGAUGCACCUGCAGCCAGGAGAGUCUGUGGACAUGGUGCUGCGAGGCUUCUCCAGUGUCCCACAGGUGGUGCGGGAUUAUGUGAGGUGUGAAGCUGUCAUCGGGACAGGCAGCGUGACGAAGAACAUAAUAGAAACAAUCAUUACGUGCGAGUUUAUUGAUCCUUCUAUAGAAGUAUCAGUAAGACAAUUCUCGUUCUGGGUGGUGAAGGUAAGUCUCUGGAUUGCCUCCUGGCAUUUAACAGCAUGGCUGAGGGGGGUGUGUGCUUGUGUUAAAGCGCCUCUUUACCCUUCCUGGGGCACUUUGUAAAGUGAGUGAAGAUGCUUUUAGAGAUGAGACUGGUACUUAACUUCCCCAAGGUAAAAGAUCAGUUUACAGCUGCACUGCCAAGGGGGAUCGUGGUCACUUCCAGAGAAAUGCCAGUUUCUCUGCUCACUGUAAAGGGAGGUUUCUGAGGAUCCUCCAAGGCACGGUGAUGUCUGUACACCGAUGCUGUAGGGAAGCUGGGAAAAAUGGAGUUUCCUGUGGAUUCCUCAGGCUGACAAGGCAAAACCCAUCGUCCCCUGUGUCUCUUUGCCUUCUCUGCUGUUGGCAUGGAUGCUGUAUGAUAUAGCUAUAUGGUGUAGCUCUGUGCGUUUCCCUAAGCCUCACCUGCCUCAAAGGACCCCCAGACACCCUGCAGCUGCAGUGAUGAUAACACUGAGGCAGAGCAGGUGCCCUUUAGUCUCUGGAUCCCAACUCCAGCAUC